AGAUGUUUUAAGUAAGCAUCUGUAGAUGACAAACACAACAGGAUCCAUCACCAAGUCAGGUGAUGAGGGGUCUACGCUAGAGGUGCUAACUGCAAUAUUCCUGAUAGCGUUGUGUCUAAGUGCUGCUGUUCCUGCCCCACUGACAGCAUGGAAGUUUGUCAAGAAUCCGGAUCUCAGGACUCCACUCAAUAUAUUCAAGCUGAACUUUCUGCUGGGAACUGCGUUGAACUUAGGUAUGGCCCCGUUGAGGGUUUUUGAGAGUCCAAGUUUAGAACCAACAUUGUGUCUGUUGACAAUGGUUAACUAUGUGACCGGUUUGCAGUCCAAGUUAAACAUUCUCAUCCUGGAGGUUGACAGAUUUACAGCUAUACAGUUUCCUCUUGUUCAUUAUGAUGUUGUUACAACUAGAAUGUCAACAAUAACCUGUAUUGCUGCAUCUGGUGUGUGUUUGCUGGUUGGUCUUCUUGUUCUUAUAUUUUCUCCUCAGCAGUUCUACUGUCCACAAUACCAAACAGGGUGCUACCUUACCACCUCAGUGUUCAGGUAUGGUUUGGUGUAUCCCUUCCUAGUGAUUACAGCCAUAUCUGCAGCUUUGUCCUUCACAACUUUCAGAAUAAGUCUGAAGGUAAAGAGAAGCAUGCAGCAAGUGCAACCAGUCAUCUUUCCCUCACAACAGCAGCAUAGGCCAAAGAACUUGCGUUGGUUUCGGCUUUCUGUUGAGGAUCUUGAGAAUGAAGAACCAAGGAGAGACUCAUUCAAUAAUCUAACCAGAAUAGAUGGCAAAGAACAAAGGGUAUACCCCGAGGUUUAUGAUCAAACACAGGAGAAUAUCCAAGAUGAAGGAGACCUAGUUGUUGAGGAUAUGGAAAACAAUGGAGGAACUAGUGAUCUGACAAGGGAAUAUGUAGAAACUGUUGAUGGAAGAAGAUGCCAAGCAUCUAUGAUCUCAGACCAGGCCUUCGGAGAGCUUGAGUUGAGGAGGGAGCACAUCACCCCAAGAAAUACACAACAGGAGAUUGUGCAAACCUCUGAAGGUGCUCCUGCAACAGAACAUUCAGAGGAACACAGCGAAGUAAUGGAAGGCCUGCAGAAAUGGCUGAAGGACAGUAUUAGAAUCAACAUGUUGGUUCUUCUCUACACAUCCAUCACAAUCCCCAUCUACAUCCCCACCCUGGCCUGCUCCUACCAGGACUGUGAUCAGGAAACUCAAGGUUGUGUGUUUCAGUAUGUGCUUAAAUACUGGGCCCCUGUAAACCUGCUGGGACAGCUAGCGUACUGCUAUCUCAUCACUCUAUCUAUCAAAAUGUAAUCUUUCAACACUUUGAAAAUAAAAAAUAACAGAUUUGUAUA